AGUCCCUCCAUGUACCCAUCCAUCCAUCUCCCUCUCGCCAUCUCUUGUCUCCCUCUUUUGUCAUUCAGCAAUUUCUUCCCUCCUCGAACACAUCUUCGACAGCACCGUUUCCUCGCCUCACGGUUCUCAUCUGCCGCAGCCUUUUUCCUUCCCUUGCCCUUUGUCUUGUGCCACCAUCGAUAAAUCCGUCGACUGUUGCCAGCCAGCCAUCCCUCUCGAUCCUCUCACAAGCACAUCUUCCACUUCGACAUAUCUGCACCCGACCGUGCUCGAUAGACUCGAAUUACUCUUCAGAACCCGUCUGAUAUCAUCGACCCCCAAUCCUGAUCAGUUUCGACUGUUUGCGAUACCCCUUUCUCUUCUGCGCUCGUGUGGCCUCUCUGGUGACCAAGUGGUCCACCCCGUCUAGCGACUCUUCUUGGACGGAAAAAGACCUCAAAACGCAUCAGAACCGCAAUAGGCGCCAGAUCCAUUACCUUCCCACUUGCGCGAUACCCGGAGGUCAACUUUGGGUUGCCCUUCCCUGCGUGGGAGUCACCCCGUCCUAGCGAUGCGCAACAUGCGACAGCCCUUUUCAUAACUGAAGCAGAAGACUAACAAGAACCAAAAUCCGACCGAUGAGGAGGUACUCUGUCGGAUUAUGACAGAGUCCUCCCUUCUCACCACGCAUCCCACACCUACCCACUACCCGGUCACCGCCGCUCCCUCCCUGGCCUCUCCCUUACCCAACGGCUCUCUCUCAGACACCAACGCACAAGAUGAGGAGGAAUACACCAUCAAAUGCAUUUGCAUCUACGCAGAUGAUGAUGGCAAUACCGUCUACUGCCCCAAAUGCGACACCUGGCAGCACAUCGAGUGCUACUACCACGGCAAAAAGGUGCCCGAAGAGCAUUUUUGCGCAGACUGUUUCCCUCGAGAUCUUGACGUAAAGAAGGCCACUGAGCGACAACGUAGGCAUCGAGAGGCACUCGACGGCGGUGACCGGAAGGUCAAGCGACCAACCUCCAAAAGUCAAAGAAAGAAGCACAAGGAUACGAGUGCGACGGCCGAGCAGGUGAAUGGCUGGCAUCACGAUCGCCAUGAAUCUGUCGCCAGCGCAAGGGAUGGACCUCCUGCGAAGAAACCAAAGACAAGCCACCGGACAUCAGGUUCUGUCAUUUCAACAAACGGCGAAUCUCGAAAACGCGCCACUUCCACAGCCCAGUCGUACCCCAGUCCUUCCAAAUCACCCCAAGAUCUCUUCCGUUUUCCUGCCAUUCCCACGUAUACCACUGAUUUCCUUGAACUCUACGAACGGGACGAGGGAAACACAAAUGCCCGGGAUAACGAGCAGACAAUUCAGGCUACCAAUAUGCUCUUUGCAUGGCGGACUGACCCAUCUUUGGUGGUCAGCAGUCCCGGACAACAACCAACAGCAAAAGCUCCCUUUGUACGUGCAAAUCAUGCCCUGGAUCAAAGCACUUGGCCAGAAGUCUCGGUGGAAACGAUCCAGAAGAAGGAUGUCGAAUACGAAGGCAGAUGUCCCACAUGGCGCUUUUUGCGCGUGCAAUCUUCCGUGAAGAAGGACGAAAUUGUUGGCGAAGUUCGUGGCCAGGUCGGCAUGCUGGAAGAGUACUGCCAACAGAAGUCUUCAUCGAACAGAUGGCAAGAGUUGAGGCAUCCAGACCCCUUUGUCUUCUUCCACCCGCACAUGGACAUUUACAUUGACAGCCGAAAAUCUGGGACUCGCUUUCGAUAUCUGCGACGGUCUUGUCGACCCAAUGUCACCUUGAAGACAUUUGUUUCCGACAACGAGACGCGGCAUUGUUUUGUCGCUAGCAAAGACAUUCCGGCGGGUGCCGAACUCACCACCAUGUGGUUUCUCGACUCGGCAAUGUUCGCAACCGAUGAUUCUGAACAAGCCCAAAACCGACGCCUCGAUUGGGUCAGCCGUGUCCUCGCGAAUUUUGGGGACUGUGCCUGCGACGCUGGUCAAGCAUGUUUACUUGCACCCUUCGAUCGAAGAUAUCCAGCCAAACCGGCGGAGAGUGCGCCAAAGGAAAAGGGAGGCAGGAAAAAGAAAAGUAAGAUGAACCAUACUAUCUCGCCCUUCAGUACUGGACAUGCCACCAACAGUCGCGCAGGAAGCGAACCCAAGGCACUCGAAGACGAAGACCAGUUCGAUCGCCGGUCAACCUCUGGGUCUUCUCGCAGCGGUAUGUUGAGCAGAGACAUUACCCCAGUCAAUGUCGCAGCUCUUGACGCCGACCCGGUCCUUGGAAAUGGCCUGACUGCUCGAGAACUGCGCAAAAUACAAAUGGCGGAGAAGGCGUUUGCGCAGAGGGAACAAGAGAAGAAGGAUUCAAGUGGACAAGGCCAGCAACGGAAAAAGAAACGCACAAGCGGCGGUUCAACGUUGAGCACACCGAAUGCGAAUGCCUCGAAGCAACUCGGGCACCAAUUCACUUCGCACCCCCACACACCCAACAACCAUCCUCUCAAGUUCAGUGACGGCUUGUCGGGGUCGCCACCGCCUCCUCGCGGUUCUGCAGGUCGAGGCAAAUCGACGGAGACAUCCGGCAGGGUGGACUCGAGGAUCCAGCGACCUGUAUAUGUUAGUGUUGCUGUACAAACGGAUCCAGAACAGUCUGACAUGCCCAUACCUCCACCAGCCAAGAGGAGGAAGUUCUGCACACCGACGCAGCGAUUGCUCAGAAAACUCUUGGAGGUUCGGGCCAGUCAUGGGCAACCAUGUUCUUUGCAAGGCCUGCCUGCCUCAGCCUCGAGCCAACAAUCACUUGUACACACAGCAAAGACGGAAGAUGUGGAAAUGAAGGACGCCAACGACAGUGCGGAUACCCGAAGUGUCAUGUCUGCCGAGACGGACGGGCAGUCUCCCCCAGGAAGCAGCAGCCCUAUCAAUGUGGGGGCCACCACAUAUCCUCUCCCGUCACAAGCGGCACACACGUUUAAAGCCUUCAGGUCUUCCCCUGCUCCGAAGCUGCACUUGUCCACGCUGCCACCAGUCCCGGUCUUUCCGACUUCGGCGACUUCUGCUUCCUCGUCAUCUACCUCGGCGACUACUCCCGGACUGACGUCGACCGCGACCGCACAGUCGCCCAUUCCAUUGAACUCGGCGUCGUCUGGCUCAUACCCUGCGGCGAUCAAUUCUAUCGUCACUCCUAGCCCCGCACGGAAGAAACUUAGCUUAGGAGACUAUAUGAGUCGUCGUCUGGCGUCGACUCCUUCAACUGAGAAGUCGCAGGCUCAAGCUAUUCUGGGCGCAGGUGAGACUGAGACAUCGAAAGCGAUAGCAGAAGCGGGACAGCCGUCUCCUGGGAGUGUUGAAUCAACCCCCGGUAAUGCAAGAUCAGUUGAAGUCCCUGGUCAACCGACGCCUCAAGCGGGUCUUCCGGGUGGUGCAGCCAAGGACACCUCUAUGAAGGAAGCUGAAGAACCAGCAUACAGCCCUCCUGACGUCUUGCCGCCGGGAGCAAUACCUGCUUCAUCCCCGCCCAAGGUGAGGAGUGCUGUCCCAGCAUCGAAUGAAACGAUCAGCAUACCAAAGGAGAUGUCGAACGUCCUGGCCCAGCUGGCGCAAAUCCACAACGAAUCGAGGGGUGUGCGAUAAGUGUAUGAUAAGGGUCGGAACUGGCGUUGAAUGAGCAGCCUCUUGUUGUGUCACGAAACGAAUAGAAGAACUUUUGGACCUUUCGCGAGGCUUGGACAUGCAGUGAUGACGACACAGCUUAUACCAGAAAAGACGGGGCGAAUGGGAUUGAUGGGCAUCCGGAGCAUCAGGGUCAGCAAAAUUCGGGAACUCAGAAGGCGGGAAUAUGUGGGCGUUUUAUCAACACAAUGUGGGCUGGUCAUGUCUGUUCACCAUGGAUGGAGAAUCGCGACAGUGAGCCUUAUGCGAAGGUGGAACGAGGUCCAGGCAGUCCUGAGAACCUCCCUUCUUUUUCUUUCUCUUUUAUCCUGUAUAUAUAUGUGAGCUGGCUGAGCCGUGAUGGCCUCGCUGUGUGUGCCAUUGUGGCGAUGCAGUUGAGCGGCACUUGUUCUGUCGCUGUGUUGAGAGAAAUAGCUGAUACCAAUAGCGCCACAUUAGGUGUUGAGUGCAA